AAUAGGUCGGGGGGGCAGGGGCCAGGCUCCAGGGCUCCUGUGGAGGCCGGGGGUGCCCAAAGCUUGCAGGGGUUGGAGGACAGGCAUGAUCCCUGGGGUGCGGGGACAGGGAGGUGCAUAGGACCUGUGCCCCUGGGAUCCGUCCAGGGCCAACCAGGGGCUGAGGGAACACAGAGGGCCUCUGGGGCCUGGGGCUAGGACCCUCCUCUCCUUGCAGGCACCGCCCGGAGUCCAGACCCUGAGCGGUGUCACCCUUCCCUGGCCCAGCUCUGAAGACAGAAUGAGGGGGGCCUCCCGCCUCCAGCUUUUGCCGCUGCUGUUGCUGCUAGGUGGGUGUGGGGCAGGGGCUGGGGGCUGUUCCCAGUCCUGCGGGCAGCCCCAGAUGUCCAGUCGGAUCGUGGGGGGCCGGGACGCCCGGGACGGACAGUGGCCGUGGCAGGCGAGCGUCCAGCACCGCGGGGCGCACGUGUGCGGGGGCUCGCUCAUCGCCCCGCAGUGGGUGCUGACGGCGGCGCACUGCUUCCCGAGGCGGGUGCUGCCGUCGGAGUACCGCGUGCGCCUCGGGGCGCUGCGCCUGGGUCCCGCCUCGCCCCGCGCGCUCUCGGCGCCCGUGCGCAGGGUGCUGCUCCCCCCGGACUACUCGGAGGGUGGCGGCCGCGGGGACCUGGCGCUGCUGCAGCUGAGCCGCCCGGUGCCCCUGAGCGCCCGCAUCCAGCCCGUCUGUCUGCCCGAGCCCGGGGCCCGCCCACCGCUCCGAGCGCCCUGCUGGGUCACUGGCUGGGGCAGCCUCCAGCCCGGAGUGCCACUCCCAGAGUGGCGACCUCUGCAGGGAGUAAGGGUGCCGCUGCUGGACGCGCGCACCUGUGACCGCCUCUAUCACGUGGGCACCAGCGUGCCCAGAGCGGAGCACAUAGUGCUGCCCGGGAACCUGUGUGCCGGCUACGUCGAGGGCCACAAAGAUGCCUGCCAGGGUGACUCUGGGGGACCCCUGACCUGUGUGACGUCUGGGCGCUGGGUCCUGGUGGGUGUGGUGAGCUGGGGCAAGGGCUGUGCCCUGCCCAACCGUCCAGGUGUCUACACCAAUGUGGCCACUUACAGCCCCUGGAUUCGGGCUCGCCUCAGCCUCUAAUGCAGUGAGCUGGAGCCAGAGGCUGGGGUCCCUCUGAGGACCUGCACGUUCCCUCCCACCUUGCCCCUUCCCACUUAAGGCUCAAAAGCCUUAGAAAGCUGCGGGGCCAUCCGUCUCUCCAUCCCCUGUCUCCUCCUUGGAGCUCACCAAACCCUAGCCGCCAGCCCUCCUCCUGGAGCCUCCCCUGCGUCCCUGGGUCUCACACUCCUCCUUCGCCGUCCUGCUCACUUUUACCCUUCUCUGCUCCAGCCAGGGGCCUGGGCACCCAGAGGCGGGCAAGCCAGCUGGUGCCCGGUCUGGCCCGUGUGCCUGCCUUUUUCUGGAGGAAGUCAGGGAAAUUCAAAGUGUGAGAGGGAUUCAGCCCCAGAGAGAUGAUUCUCCAUUGCUGGCUUUGAACAUGGAGGAGCUGCU